CUUUUCCCGAGGCGAUGCCGCCCAGGGAGCCGGGAUGAGAGGGCCUCCUCCGCCUGACCUCGCCGCCGCCGCCGCCAGUGAAUUAUUAAGGUAAACAACAGGGCGAGCGGACGGACGGACGGUGGCACUGCGGGUCCUUCUGUGCUGAGAAUGCAUUCCAGGAAAUUCAUGGUUUCUAAUACCGGCUCAGUGAAUACACUAAAGAAAUAUUCCAUCAGCGACCGAGAAAUCCUUAAUAAAAGGAUAAAAACCAACCCUCGUUACAAUGGAGUUCGCCCACGUACCAACACUGGCUUCAAUACACAGAGACGUCAAGAACUUGAACUAGAAAUUCGCAAAUAUUACAAGGUCAGAAAUGAUGAGGUAUAUCGUCGCAUUUCCCUGGCUGAUCUCCUGCAGCUGAUGCUUGCCCAUGCUGAAGAUAUUGAAGCAGCAGAAUGUGAUCACCAAAAUAUAGAAAAGGAGCAAGAGGCAGCAGAGGUGCCAUUGAAAUACAGAGAUGAAGUGGAAAACGUUCUUCAUAAAAUGACAGAACUUGAGAUGGAAGGGAGACCUAAGCCCCCAGAGUGCCCAUAUGUGAUCAUAGACAUUCGUCCUUCUCAUGAUUAUCAAGAAUCACACUUAGUAACUUCUGUAAAUCAUCCUGCAUCCCGUAUGUCCAGAGCUGUUGGUUGGGAAUGUCCUGAGCUCCUAAUGUACAAAAACCAUGCAGAAUUUAUAAUUAUUGUAUAUGAUGAUGCUGAAGAUGUGGCACCUGAGGUUGCUGCUACAUUACAACAUCGUGGUUAUAGCAAUAUCUUCAUGUUAAGUGGAGGUCUUCGUAUUGCCAAAGAUAAAUUUGGCUUUCCCCUAGUCACAGAUGACACCUCCCGUGUUCUUACUCAGGACGCUGCAAGGGAGAUAGCCCAGCAGGUGUCCGUUACAGUCAUUCCACCUCUGAGCAUGGCUGAUGCAUCAGACUGGUGGGAAGCAGCCUCAAGAAUCCCAAAUUAUGUAACUCCUACUGAUCCUGCAAUGACCAAUGCACCCUCAACAAUCAACACUGGGCGUCAGACUGCCAGAUCACAGCUAAAGAGUAGAGAUGGUCAGACAGUUCGACCUUGGCGUUAGUAGAGUGUGCUGUUUCAUACCUAAAAUGACUCACAUAUUAGAUUGCACCAGGCGAAGUUUCAUUCUUUUUUCUUAUCUUAUUUUAUUUUAAUGCUACCUGGUCAGUUAAUAUAUUUAAAAUGUAUAUAAGGCAUUUUGUUAUAUUACAUCAAAUGCAUUCUUUCAAUCUAGUCUACCCAAAACUUGGUUCCUAAUGUCUUUUUCAUAACUCAGUUCCUAAUUGGUUGUGUAAUAAUGGAAUGCUUUCUGUUUGCUGGUAUACAAGUUAAGAUUACUCACACAAAUAUUUUACUUGAAAUCUGACCAUGAUCUGCUUUUCACUUGCAUGAAACCUGACCAUGAUCUGCUUUUCACAUGCAUAUUGUGUUCAUCCUGCUAUUAAUUUAAUUAAAUAAUAGCUAUUACGCUUAAUUUUUUGUUUUAGUUUUGUUCCAUUAACUACUUCCUUUUAUCUCUUUGGGGAUCUUCACAAGAUGUAAUAUUAGGGUUUAAGCACAAUCAAUUAAAGAAACAGACCUCAUGAUGGAAAUAAGCUGUGCUGCCUUUACACACCUUUCCUGUAUUAUCUUUCUUGAUUUAUUUCUGUUUUUUGUUUUUUUAUUUAUUCUAUUGUGCAUGCAAAUUUUGUCAUAUAACACUUGAUGAAUAGUAUCCAAGUAGGAAAUACAGCUGUGCAUUUACUGACUCUGAUUCAGUGCAAGGUCUGCUGAUAAUUUAAAAGGUGUAGUCCAAUCGAAAAAUAACUAAUAUUAAAGAAAAUCUAAUAUUUUCAUACUACUACAACUUUCUCUAUGCAACUAUAUACAGUAAUAAUGUGCUCACUUGAAGUAGAUGUCUCCCUGUGAAUGUGAUUGAUGAAUUCAGAAUUAAAGAGAUUGAUAUACUGAAAGGUAGAACAUUUACAUAAAAGAUUACAAGAGGUAUUAUUUCCUUUCACGGAUCAGCUUCUUUUCUUCUUUCUUUUUUUCACCCUACCUUCUUUAUGUAUGUGCAUGCGUAUGUACAAGUGACUUCAUAGUUCCUUUUAUAUUUGUCUUCUGUGUUUUAUUUUAUUUUAUAUUUGUCUUCUAUGUUUUAUUUUAUUUUAUAUUUGACUUCUAUGUUUUUAUUUUUGAAAAAUUUGAUUUCUAAGGGUAUUAUUUGAUCUGUACAAUGAUAAAUGGUUUAAUAGAAAUGUUUGUUUAAGUUGACAGGAUCUGUGCUGAAUUACUGUCUAUAUGUUUAUAUAUGCAGUUGAACCUCAUUUAAGAAAGGUUAGGUUCCUGAAAACUACAACUUUUACUAAAACGACUUUAAAUUGGCUCCUUAUUUGCUUAUUCUGUACUCAGAGGUGACUUCUUAAACAAGGUUCAUCCAUAUGUAUAAAUGUAUGUACAUGUAUAAACAGUAAAUUGGGACAAAAAAAUGUUGCUGAAAAUUAUCAUCCUACAGAUUUUACAGAAAUGUGAGAGUAAGAAGCAUUUUAGACUUUAAAAUAUAGUUAACUUGUUCUGCCUAGAUCAUAAAUCUUGUAUGAAAAAUGCUGUUAGUAUAGUUAACUUUAUUACACUAUGGUGUGCUGUCCUUUGGAAAUUGCUUCAAGAUAUUUGGAUGAGAAAUCAACAUAGAUAUUUAAUUUUGUAUGUGACUUUGAUACACUACAAUGGUCAUAUUUGUGGAUGUCUUUGUAAUAUAUACAUAUAUAUUUGCUACAUUUGUAUGGAAUAAAGAUUGAUCUAGCAUUAAGAGCCAGUUCUGCUAUAACAGACAAACUUAAUGUAAAAGAUAAGUCUAGCUCUGUAACGUACAUUCCAGAAAGUUAGUGAAUCAUUUAUCUAUUUCUUCUGUAUAUGACUAUGAUGAGUGCUUCUUAAUAAUUUAGUAGGAAUCUAGAAAUAGUGAUUUCCAGAAAUAUUUAUAAUUAUGGUAUAAUCUUCUUAAGCUGAAGAUAAGAAAGUCCUACGUGACGGACUCAGCGGCAUGAAAUUCCAUCCGUAGAACUUAGAAAUAGGAAUAUCAACUGAACAGUCAGUCUUGAUUUACUUUGUGUUUUAGAUUUUGAAGAACCUAUUCAGCGAAUAAUUAAUUUGUCAUUUUUACAAACAUAAUCAUAUUCUUGUCAUUUGUUUACAUGAUUGAUUUAACAAUAUUAGAAAAGGUAUGAGUGAGAAUGCAUAUUUUUGCAGUGCAAGAGAUGUAUUUGACCCUUUUUAAUUAUACUCUUUGUAUUCCUGACAAAGAUAUAAUCAAAACCAGUUAAAUACAUCUUUUACACUUUGAAGAUAUUCAAUCUCAUUCAUACCUUUUCUGCAUUUAUUGCAAUGAACAUAGUUCAUCCUUGGUUUACUAAAACAUGUUUCCCAAUCGCUGGUUUAUCUCAUGUGUCCUUGGGAAAUGCGUACAAUAAUAAAAGUGUUGUCAUAUUAUAUUGGCAUACUAUUUCUCUGUUUAAUAGCUGCAACAAAGUUUUUUGGGCUGUCAUUUAUUGUUCUUCCAGGUGACUGUUUUCAUUCAUAUUUGUUCUUUUCAUGCACAGAUAGUCUUUGUUGAUUAUAAGUAUGUUUGAUCUGGGUAUAUUAAAGGCUGAUUAACAUGCUUCAUACCUUAUUUAUUGACUAAUAAUGAAGAACUCAAAAAGGAUUUUUCACCAAAGGCAAGUUGCUUUAUAAUAAGUAUAAACCACAGUAGCAUCCAGACAUAAAGUGUAAUAAUUUAAAGGUUUAGAAACGUUCAGUAGCUCUCAAUGCAAGCUGUAUAGUGAAUUAAAGUAAAGUAUGAAGUUACAUUAAUAAGUACCUAUAAUUAUACACAUAUCAGAUUAAAGCAGAUAUACAAAUAGUACCUAACAUAAUUUGGUAUUUAUUGGUGUCAAAAAAAGAAAAUAAUUACAUUUAGUAUGAAAAACAAAGCAGUGUAAAGUUAGACACUUUCCUGAACUUGUAUUGAACAAGGGCUAUCUGUGCAUAGAAAUUCUUGAAACAAUACUAAAAGCCCAUGAAAUGUUCCCUUUUUUGUGACUAAAGAAAGACACUGUUAUGUUAUAGACAGUAUAGAAAAUUUCAUGUUUUAUGAUUAUGUGUUUGCAGUUGAACCAAAGUUAGAUGUUUAGAAUAGAUCUAGGGAUGUUAUAUAAACAUCUUAUUUAUUGUAUCGUGUAGAGCUUCCUACAAGUAUGAGUAUCAUAUGUGAGACAUAAGUUUCAUUUAUUAGUGAUAUGCCUUUGCUAUAGUGUAGAAGAAUAAUUAUUUAUAUUGAAAUUGUUUGUUAGGUAUAAAAAUAUUUAUAUGUUCAUGAAUGUGAACUGUUGCUCACUGUGAAUUUUGAUGGAUUGGCAGGUUGUAAGAAUAAAAACCUUUCAGUGUAGGUUUAUUCACUUUCAUGUAUCACUGUUUAAGCAAAGGAUAUUUAAGAUAUAUGGAAACUAAACAUUAUGUUGAAUAGUUAGUAUGCAUCUGAAUGCCAAAGACAUAAUAUACAGAACAAGUAGCUUCCAGGAAAUUUCUCCACAAAAGCCAAAUGUAAGGUGAUGCAAGAUGUUGAAAAUGUGAACUUUAUUGUAUUUCUCAGGUUUGGAGACAAUGAAUGAAAAGCAGAUAAUUUUAUUAUUAUCUGUUAAAAAAGGGGAAAGAAAAAUUAAUUCUGUUUAUCUGCAAUUUUGAAGGAAUGCAGAAGGAUAUUAUUUUUUAUUUUAUGUAAUAUUCACUGAGAAUUGAUGAAGGUCUUAAAUGUUUAUGUAAAAUAUCCUGAAGCCAUUGAACUUUUUAGACUCAACUUUUAAGGAUAUGGUACCUUAUAUUGUUUGUAAUGAUUUAUAGCACUACUUUCAUGAUGAGUAAAUCUUAGCCAUACCCCACAUUGUAAAUCAGCAGAAUGCCUCAUACUUUUUCAGUUGUAAGUAAAAUCAACCAAACAGGUGUUUGUUGGCCAAGGAUUUGGUGCCUUGUAACUACACUGUACACAGCCACUAGACAGUGACAUAUCACAAGAAUCUGUGAAAUUAUAAAUUUAUGGCCAUUUACAGUGGUCAUCUGUUGUAUUUCUUAAGUGAAAUUAUUUUAGCGAUGAUCAGGGUAUAAAGUACUGGUUUGUGUGUUGUGCAGUAAAGGUUUGUUGAAUAAAAUGAAUAAAGUGGCAGUUGUGCCUUGCAAAAUUUGCCGUCCAGUUGGUCUGUUAUGGCCAAGUGAUUUUAAAUAAAUAUAUUUGCACAAUCAA